UAGACAAAGAGAAGCAUGAGAGACGGCACAUGCUGGAAUCUUGUGCAAAAUCUUCGACGGCAUCGUGACGCAGCGGAGGAUGAGUUUGAAAAGAAGUACAAUGCUGUAAAGGUUCCAGAACCCAUUGACACACAAAGGGAGAAAAUUAAUGCUCAGGAGCAAGAGGCCAAUAAGAGUGCUCAAAGUUAUUGCCAGGCUUCAAAGGAGAGGAUUUCCAAAUACGAGAAAGAGCUUGUGAAAUUCAAAAGCAUGGUUCCUUUUGAACAGAUGACUAUCGACGAUCUGAACGAAACUUUCCCUGAAUCCAAGCUGGACAUGGUGAAGUAUCCCUAUUGGCCCCACAAGCCCAUCAGUGACCUGUAAUUGUCCCUGUGAUAUCUGCAGAUGUAAUUCUAUUAUAAAAUAAAGCAAUGUUCAAUGUUGAAAAAAAAAAAAAACAUUUAAAAAAA